AUGGCUGUCUCGAUUGCAGACAGUUCCUGUAGUCCGAUGAUGAGUUCGUUGGGAUUGUUGCUGGAGGAAAAGGCCGACCCUCCACGUCCCAAGCAGAGUAUGUGGCAUCGCCUGGGUCUACGGCGAUGGCUGGGCCGCGAUGAUCGAGACCUUUCGUCCCAAUCUUCCCCCGCAGGCAACAAUAAUGGGUCCCCCACUGCGAAACAACCCAAUUCACCGGCCGCCCACAAUAGUCAUUCUCAUUACCACCACCACCACCACCACCACAAUAACCAUGACGCAAAGUCCUCCCCCCCUCGUCCAAGCAGGCCCCACGAUAAUCUCACUCGGCGACUGUCCCGCAAGGUUGGUGUGGGAUUGCCUCGGGCAACAACAUUCAAACGACAGAAUUCCGAGCGACGCGACCGGCUGUCCCCAACUGAACUUGAACCCCGUCGGACAGUGUCCGCCGACCGACGUCGUCCCCUGAGUUCUCAGUCCCAGCGAACUACGCGAUCCCCACCGCCCACCCUGGACCCCAGAUUGUCCGCUCCCGAGGUUCAGUGGCGCGAAGACCCGAACGAGCCCACGGUUGACCUCCCGAGCGAGACGAAUGAGGAUAACGAGAUCCGCUCGGAAUGGAACCCCAACCCCUACCCUGACAUGACAGAUGUUCCCGAGGAGCCACCAUCCGAGACUCUCGAGAUGGAGCUGGAAAAGCGUUGGAUUCUGAAUUUGAGCAUGCACUUUCGGGAUCGCUCCGAACGAGAAAAGUUCUUCGUUACUUAUGCAGAGACGCCUAACCGUUGGCGGAGAGUCACCAUAUCCUGCGACUAUCGCGGUGCGCCGCUCGAUUCCCUGGAGCAGGACCUCCGCGAGCUACGCUACCAACGCGACAAGUGUGCACGCAUCUACGAAUCUCUCCGCGAAUCAUUGCCAGAGAUACAAUUCUAUGACACCGUCACCAACCUGAAAUUGGAAACUCGAGACGGUCGGCUGCAUGUGCACGUCACCGAGGAUGUGAACGAGAUAAUCCCUUACCCGCCAGUUUCUUGUAUUGGACACUUACCAGAAGCACGACUAGUUCGCGAAAACCAACUGCAUUUCGAGUCACAUUUGUCGGGAUUCGUAUACAAUGUGCAGCUGGAUGGCAAGACAUUCAUCAAAAAGGAGAUUCCUGGCCCCGACACGGUGGACGAAUUUCUAUACGAGAUCAACGCCCUUCAUGCCUUGCAGGGAAUCCCGGAUGUUGUCCAGGUGGAGGGAGUCGUGGUUGAUGAUGACGAAGAGAAUGUAAAAGGAUUGCUUAUCGGUUUCGCCGAGAAGGGUGCGUUGGUUGAUCUUCUAUAUGAGAACCGGGGUACGAUAUCAUGGGAACGCCGGGAGCGCUGGGCACGACAGAUUGUCCGUGGACUGUGCGAGAUUCAUGAAGCUGGCUACGUGCAGGGAGACUUCACUUUGUCCAACAUUGUGGUGGAUGCUGACGACAACGCCAAGAUCAUUGAUAUCAAUCGCCGGGGUUGCCCGGUGGGGUGGGAGCCCCCAGAGAUCGCCGCCAAGAUCGAGAGUAAUCAGCGGAUAUCCAUGUAUAUUGGGGUGAAGACCGACAUCUUCCAGUUGGGAAUGACUCUAUGGGCCUUGGCAAUGGAGGAGGAUGAGCCGGAGCGUCAGCCACGGCCUCUGAUGCUAGGUGAAGAGGUGGAUGUGCCUGACUACUACCGCAGGCUAGUCUCGAUCUGUCUGAGCCCCAUUCCUCGACAUCGACUAUCAGCAAAAGAACUGCUGGGUCUGUUUCCACGCGAGCGAGGAGCGAUGGUCUCGACUAUUUCUCGCAUGCCUCCCACUCACACUGGUCUUGGUGUAGCGUUGCACAAUAGCACGCUGCCGAUUUACGACGUCCGAGCGACAUUUCUCCCUCAACAACGUCCCCCCAUGGAUAGCGGCAGCUAUAUUUAUGACGGUCGCACGUCCUUGCAGGAUGCAAAUGGACGGUUCGGUCUUUCGCCGGGCAGCGAGCAGGACGCUGUGCAUAGAAAUUGGGAGCAGGCUUCUUUACAAGACGACAAGGCUGCUGAGAGUAGCUCAGCACCAUUAGAACAUCGGAGGUCAAGUGGAUAUGCAUAUUCAGGGUCAACUGCAGCAGGAGUUUUGAACCCAACGACCUUCGAGAACGGCCAAGAGUCCUAUGGUAUCACUCUUCGAGGACUAGAUGAGAACGACUUGGGAUUCGACCCGGGAAUUGACGAAUGCUAUCGCAAUUACACAAGAGACCAUGCGGAUGAUGUGCCUUCGGAUACGGCCCACCUGUUUCGUGAACUCGAUGAGGUUGAGUGUAACUCGGCCUACUCGCUGAAGCCUCACUCAGUAAACACCUUGUCUGAGAACGGGAGGCUGCAGGAGUCUCCGAUCUCGUCGGCAGCCACGCAAUCGACUGAUCUGUAUCCGGCCCCAUUGGCAGAUCUCGGACAUGCUCUCAUGGACGACCCGGAUUGGUCCGUACAAGAAUCGUCGCGCUCAGUCUCUUCUCUCAUGCAUUCGAUUCUACCUAUAAACCCCGCGAUCAAGUCCCGCGAGGCGAAGCAGUUGGACACUGAGACUGAUCAAUAUUCCCCCAUCAGCAUUCGUUCCGCCCUGGGAUAUGCUCCUCGCCAGAGCUUACACGAACCAACCAAUUACUUAUGCGACUCCCAUCUACCAAUCAACCCAGCACUUGAAGAAGAGACAUCGGCGUGUGUGUGA